UGAAAUGUGGAAUGAGGUGUUAACGUGGCUUCCUUCACAGAUUCCUACGCAAACGUUCAGCCUCAUCUCGGGGUUUAGUCAUCUUCUUCUUGCUCGAUUAGGAUUUUAUUUUGAAGGUGCUGACAGGAAGUGGUUCUUCCUCCCCGCAGCUUGACGGUGGGAACCGCGAGGAGCUCGAUGGUGACUGUGCACGUCGCUGUGUGAAUGACAGAGGAUGCAUGGAGGUCUCCGGCAGCUGGCAGCCACAGAUCCGUGUCCUCCUCGGUGCAGCAGCGGCGGCAGCGGGCGUCCUCUCCGCGGGCUCUUCCACCUGAGCCAGCGGCAUCAUGGGAAGCUCCUCCUCCUCCCUCGUUGACGAGGCGGAGGACGAUGCGGCGCCCCGGGGUGCAGCUCUGCCUCCCUCCCCCAUCAUGGGAUGCCUGAGGAGCAGCCAAAGCACAUUCCUCCCCCGGCAGCUUCCCAGACCGGGCCGGCACAGGGAGCGCAGCGCAUUGUGUUCUGAGUUAAAGACGCGCUGCGUAUGAAUACUGCUGAAAAAAGCUGGAGAGGAUGAGUUUCUCCUCUGGAUCGAUGCCCAUCCAGAGGAGUCAGUGGGCGUGCGGCUGCUGCACUUUCCUCAACGCCGCCGGCGCCCCCCGCUGCUCCAUCUGUGAAGCUCCUCGGCAGGGACCCGAUGCCCGGUGGAUGUGGCCGGGAGUGAGCAGAGAGGACGACGGGUGGGUAUGCCCACGCUGCACGCUGGCGAACCCCCUGACAGCCUGGCUUGCUCCCUCUGUGGCUACGCCAAGGCGUCUGCGGAAGCCCAGCCCCGGCCUCAGCGCUCCAGCAGCUGCUCCGGCCCCCUCAGGACGUCCUGGAUGGAGACGUGCCGACUGCAGAGCAAGAAGCAGCCCGGAGACACUGACAAAAGCAGCCUGGCGUGGGAGUGCUCGAGGUGCACGUUGCAGAACACGCCCACCUCUAUGUCCUGCUCGGCCUGCGGUGGACCCCGCAAACUGUCCCUCCCUCAGAUCCCGGCCGAGGCGCUCCUCAUGCCCGACGUCUGCGAGGAUCCCGGAGCAGGGCGGGGUGAACCUUCAGCGGCGGCACUCUCGCUAUCGAUAUCCGCCCGAGGAGAGAGUUUACCUGCAGAAGCUUCGCAUCCGAACACCUCCUCCUCCGUGCUGACUGCGCCCCCUGCUGGCCACAACAAUCCAGUGCCCUGCAGCCGCAGAGAGGUUCCCCCUCCAGAUGUUGGCCUCAGCCAGGCUCAGAGCACGUCUUCUCCCUCCACCCUCGCUGUGUCGCAUCCCUCCACUCAGCUGGAGCUGCUGGCCGGCAGGAGACUCAGCAUCCUCAAAGAGGAGAUGUCCCCGCUGUCACCUGCAUCGGACGCCUCCGUGUCGUUUUCGCUCGCUGUCCACAGGAUGGAGGAGUGGGCGUGUCCGGCGUGCACACUCAUCAACCGGCUGGAGUCCAAACACUGCCAGGCCUGCCACACCCCUCAGCAGCUGAAAGCGGCGUUGUUCCCGAGGAGGAAGGAGAGCCGGCUGGUGGAGGCGCUGCGGCAGAGCGACGAGGGCGCGGCCAAAGAGCUGUGGGAGAACAUCGUCAGCUUCUGCAGAGAGAACGCGGUGACGUUUGUGGACGACAGUUUCCCUCCUGGUCCAAAGUCCGUCGGCUUCCCGUGCGACGACAGCGUCCAGCAUCGGGUCAAGAAGUGGCUUCGUCCACAGGAAAUCAGCUGCACCGCCUUCAAAGACCGCGGCGUGAAGUGGACUGUUUUCCGCACGCUGCGUCCGUCCGACAUCCUGCAGGGGCUUCUGGGUAACUGCUGGUUCCUGAGCGCCUUGGCUGUUCUGGCGGAGCGGCCGGAGCUGGUGGAGAAGGUGAUGGUGACCCGCUCGCUGUGCGCAGAGGGAGCCUAUCAGGUGCGUCUGUGCAAAGACGGCUCGUGGACGACGGUGCUGGUGGACGACAUGCUGCCGUGCGACGAGAGCAGCCACCUCCUCUUCUCUCAGGCCCAGAGGAAGCAGCUGUGGGUGGCUCUGAUUGAAAAGGCUCUGGCUAAGCUCCACGGUUCCUACUUUGCUUUGCAAGCCGGCCGCGCCAUCGAGGGCCUCUCCACCCUGACCGGGGCGCCCUGCGAGUCGUUGGCCCUCCAGGUCAGUGCCACCAACCCCAAAGAGGAGCCCAUCGACACGGACCUGAUCUGGGCCAAGAUGCUGAGCUCCAAAGAGGCUGGGUUCCUGAUGGGGGCAUCCUGCGGAGGAGGUAACAUGAAGGUGGACGACGCGGAGUACGAGUCUCUGGGUUUGCGUCCGCGCCACGCGUACUCUGUGCUCGAUGUGCGGGACGUCGACGGCCACAGGUUACUGCAGCUGAGGAACCCGUGGGGUCGCUUCUCCUGGACCGGAGCCUGGGCGGACGACUGGCCAGACUGGCCUCCGCAGCUGAAGAGGGAGCUGUGUGCCCAGCGAGCUGAGGACGGCCUGUUCUGGAUGGACUUCUGGGAUUUUACCAGGUACUUCGACUCCGUGGACAUCUGUAAGAUUCACUCAGACUGGCAGGAGGUUCGAGUCCCCGGCGUUUUCCCCCGAGCCGCCGACGUCCCCGUGUCGGUGGUGUCGAUCACGGUGCUGGAGAGGACGGCCAUGGAGCUGGCAUUAUUCCAGCAGGGCAGCAGGCGCUGGGACACGGCGGAGAGCCACCUGCUGGAUCUGUGCGUGCUGGUGUUUCGGGUCGCCUACGACAGCGCCGGCACGCUGACGCUGGGCCGCCUGCUGGCGCACAGCCGCCGCUCGGUGAGGAGGUUCGUGGGCUGCGACGUCAUGCUGGAGCCGGGCGAGUACGCCGUCCUCUGCUGCGCUUUUAACCACUGGCACAGCUGUGUCACCGAGGGCGGAGUGAGCGGCGGCAGGUCGGAGGCGCCUGGCUACGUCCUGGCGGUGUACAGCUCCAGACUGGUGAUGGUGGAGCAAGUGACGGCCUCCAGCACCACCAUCGCCGACGCCAUCAUCCAGCUGGCAGAAACCAAAGGCGAGCGACACGAGGGUCGGGAGGGGAUGACCUGUUACUACCUGACCCACGGCUGGGCGGGGCUUAUCGUCAUGGUGGAGAACAGGCACCCGAGGCAUCACCUGCACGUGUCCUGCGACUGCAGCGACAGCUUCAACGUGGUGUCGACGCGCAGCAGCCUGAAAACCAUCGACAGCAUCCCUCCUCUGCACAGACAGGUGCUUGUGGUUUUGUCUCAGCUGGAGGGGAACGCUGGGUUCUCCAUCACGCACAGACUGGCUCACCGGAAGGCCGUCCAGGCUUCUCUGGGGAACUGGAGCCCCUCGAAGGCGACGCACAGUCCGGCUCUGAGCCCCGAGACCGCAGGUCUGCACCGGCCUCGGCCGCUAUGACGAACCGGGAGGAAGCGUGCCGAUGGACGCGGGAACUCAUCGGACCGCUGCCUUGAUAGAGAACAGGGUUAUUUCCCACAGACACCGGACUGAGUCUGUCAGAGUCAGAGCUCGUCAUCAGCAGACGUUAUCAAAGUGAGGCUGAAAGAAAACAGGGUUAACAUCAGAAAACACUUUAAUUCUCCUUAAAUCUGAGUUUAAACCAACCUGAGAUUACUUUCAACUGAAUUUAAUUAAGAUGAAAUAAAUUUUCUAAGAACUGUUUAAGGACCAGAGUUCACAUAUCAUCCGUCAUCACCAGAAUAACACGCCACGUCUGAUUGGACGACACGAACAGAGACGCGACGCGUCACGCUGCAACAUGACGGCCCGUCACAGCGUGGACUCUCCUGAAGGACGAGCUCAAUAAUUCAGUUUUGCUUUCAUACAGAUGUGGAACAGAUGUUGGGAAGUUCAGGCAUCAUGUUGCUGUUAAUUCCAGCUGUUGGUUUGAAAUGGAAGCAGCCCUCUCAUUGGCUGUCUGGUGUUAACAUUUGGUAAAAGGAUGAGUAUUUACUCUUUACUCUACAGCAGGGCUCCCCAACUCCAGGCCUCGAGGGCCGGUGUCCUGCAGGUUUUAGAUGUAUCCUUGAUCCAACACAGCUGAUUCAAACGGCUAAAUGACCUCAACAUGUCUUGCAGUUCUGGCCUGGUAAUGAACUCAUCAUGUGAUUCAGGUGUGUUGACCCAGGGUGAGAUCUAAAACCUGCAGGACACCGGCCCUCGAGGCCUGGAGUUGGGGAGCCCUGCUCUACAGGCUAAUUUCAAUCAUUCAUCCACAGACUUGUUUUUUCAUUCUUUACUUUUAAACAUUUACGUAGCUUCACAUCUGGAGGAGCCAAGGAUGGAACCACAGACCUGAGGAGGAGGAGGUGUACCUCCUGACUUCAGUGGGAGUUUCUGUAGCCGAUCCAAUUGAUCCGUGUCAUUUAUUAUUUCAGAGGUUGAAGCGUUGUCUCUUCACAGAUCUUUAAAUCUAUUCUGCUCAUUUCUGCCUCCAUAUUUUUAUUCUUUUACUGAUAAACCUUCUUUAUCUGCCGCUGACUCUUCAUGCAGCCGUUUUAGCUUCUGUCCCUUCAAGGCCCUACUGCCUUUACAGUCAUGUUGUUUCUCAUUGGCCAGCUUCUGGAAGCCUGCAGAGGGGCAGCACUUAGUGCCUGUGACCUGUGCUAUUCCUGUAGCAAAGGGAGAAGCUGCAUGAGUGCCAGUUUCCCGUCCGCAGGGAUGAAGCUUCUCCUUUUAAGCCAGUCUGGACGUUAGCGCCGUCGCAGCUCCUUCAACAUAAAAGCAUGCUGUAACUUUUUCUUCUUCUUCUUCUGGAUUAUUGCAGGAAAUCGUCUCCGUGUGAAAUACUAUUUAAUACCUUCCCUUUUUAUCACUACAAACUGACGCCACUUUUAUGAGUUUUGAAGCACUUGCAACAAGUAAAACGGUCACGAUCAACCUGUGAAUGUUCACCUGUAAGGCAGGAUUCACACCUGUAAGGCAGGAUUCACACCUGCGCGCUGCUCCAACACUUGAAGGUGGAGCUCCUGAUUCCUCACUGCUUUGACUCCAACAUUUUGAUGCUUCUCUCUCAGGAUUUCCAUAUUGUGAUUUCAUUGGCUAGUGGCAGCACUGGAGUAUUUGUAUAAGCAUGACUUGAUUGGCUGACACCAGGUGAAGCUCGAAACACCUCUGUGUGAAUCCUGCCCAACAUCUGAAAGUAAAGGUCAGAAAUUUGGAUCCAUUCAAUUUUAUCUACAUAACACCAAACAACAACAGCCACCCCCAGGUACUUUAUAUUGUAAGGUAGAGACCCUACACUAAUACAGAGACAAUCCCAACAAUCAGAUGAGCAAGGACUUGGCGACAGUGGGAAGGGAAAACUCCCUUUUAACAGGAAGAAACGUCCAGCUGAACCAGUUUUAUUGAGGGGCGGGGCCAUCUGUGACCUCAUAGUUGCACUGAGUUUAAAUUUCAGUUUGCAUUUAGUGUAAAGUAACACGCUGGUUUCAUGUUUUUUUGUUUUGCCUAACUCGGAUUGGAUGAGCUCGACCUGCAGGUGACUCCCAGCCCAGGUGUCUUUAAACCAGACUUGGGAGCCUCAGAGAACCCGGACCCCCCCCCAAACACCACAUUUAGAGCAGAAAUCACACGAUGCACUUUAUCCGUCACAUCAGAGCGUGUUCAGGUCCACGCCGUCUUCGCUGCACCGCUGGCACGUGAUUGGAGGGUAGCCGUGGAGAUGAUGCGGUGUCAGUGUGAUGCUUGAAUGUUGUGUUUUAGUUUAGAGUCACAGCGCAGACCUGCUGUGUGAAGCAUUAGCACUUUAUCAACUGUAUGCUGGAGUCUGUUUUAUUUUGAAGGACGUGUUUUAAAGUAGGAAACAGUUUUAUUCUCGUGGAUUUAAAACUACCAUCGUGUUGACAGAAUGAAAACUAUGCAAAUGUUUGAAAGCUGUCUUUAUGCUUCAGAAAAACAAGUCGAGCUCUUUAUCUGCAGCUUAUCUUCUCUGAUAGCAGGGUGAAAAUAGACGUGUAUGCAUUCUGAUGUGGUUAGUGUUACACUGACGCUUUUUAAACGUUCAGGUUGACUUUUACUCCGUAUUCUGUUCGCUCAGUAGCUACUUUAUUAUAAAGUUUAUAUAUACUGUAUGCAUAGCAGUAUGAAUGUAAAUAACAAUAAAAAAAAAAACAUGCGGGUGAAUUGAAGGAAAUAAACACUUGAAAAUUUUCACAUCUUCGUUAUUUCAUUUUUUGAGACACAAUCAGCAGAGAAGUCUUUAAUGCAGCAUUAACAAUACUGGAAAAGCGUGGAAAAUUAAACACACCGAAUUAGCUGGAAUUCCUUUUUCUAAUUCGUGGGUGUACUAACACCUGUCACUGUGUUACUUUUGACACCACGUGUUUUAAA